AUGACUUUAAGGAGUGGCCGAGUAUUGGGAACCCCUGGACAGAGUUCCCCUGCAGAGAAUUCUGAGAAAGAGGUGAGUCCAAAACCUAGUCCUAAAGCUUCCCAAGUUUCCGAGGACCAUGAGAUUGAACAAGUUGGGGAGGAUGCUAUCAAGCAAGUUCCAGCUUAUGCUAAGUUCUUGAAAGACUUAUGCACUCAAAAGCGUAAGCUGAAGACCCACAUUCCUAAGACUAUCCAUCUUACUGAGCAGGUUAUGCUCCAACUUGCUGACCGUUCCAUUAAAGUACCUAGAGGUUUCAUUGAGGAUGUGUUGGUUGAAGUAGAUGAGCUCUAUUUUUCGGUGGAUUUCCUAGUCCUUGACAUGGAAACACAUACUAAUGGGAAACCACAGUCGAUUAUCUUAAGACGUUCAUUUUUUGCUACUACCAAUGCUUGCAUCAACUGUAGAUCAAGUGCAUUGGAUAUUCCUUUGGGCCCCAAUGCGAGGAAGAGUGCUUCCGUUGAUGUUAUAGAUGAGGUAGUAGCAGAGUGCACACUGGUGAUGUUAGCAGAUGACCCAUUGCAGCAGUGUCUGGCCUUCUCUAGAGGUGAUGAUUUUGAUAUUGAUGCGUAUACUACUGAGGUCAAUGCGUUAUUAGAUGGCUCUACUCCUCCUGUCCAUCCUUCGUGGACUGUCAAGUAUGAGUUACUUCCUUCCCUGGCUAAGAAGCCACCAUUGAGUUCUAUUGAGUCCCCACCGGUGUUGGAAUUGAAACCAUUGCCUGAUUUAUUGAAAUAUGCUUUCUUGGGAUCGAAUGAGACGCUACCUAUCAUCAUUGCUUCCAACUUGACAUCUGAUCAAACAAGCAAACUGUUGGGUGUUCUCAAAGAAUAUAAAGCUGCCAUCGGGUGGAAGUGGGUGAGUCCCACUAAGGUUGUGCCUAAGAAAUCGGGCAUCACUAUCAUUGAGAACGACCAGGGUGACAAGGUCCCUACUCGUACAACCACAGGUUAUAAUCAGGUGUUGGUGUGCCCAGAGGACCAAGAGAAAACCACUUUCACAUGCCCCUAUAUUACAUUUGCUUUUAGGAGGAUGCCCUUUGGUUUGUGUACUGCACCCAUCACCUUCCAGAGAUGCAUGAUGUCUAUCUUUUCUGACAUGGUGGGGGAGUUUCUCGAAGUCUUCAUGGAUGAUUUCUCUGUAUUUGGCUCUUCCUUUGAUGAUUGUCUCUCCAAGUUUACUAAAGUUUUGAAACGUUGCAUGGAGACAAAUCUGGUUUUGAGUUGGGAGAAGAGCCAUUUCAUGGUUCAACAAGGGAUUGCGCUUGGUCACAUUGUGUCUCAACGUGGGAUAGAGGUUGAUAGGGCUAAAUUUGAUAAAGUUGGAAAUAUGUCUCGUAGAGAUAUGAUGCCCCUUAAUCUUAUUCUAGUUGUUGAGAUCUUUGAUGUGUGGGAUAUAGAUUUCAUGGGACCUUUUCCUUCAUCUUUCGGCCUUGAGUAUAUUUUGGUUGUGGUAGACUAUGUGUCUAAGUGGGUUGAGGCAUUAGCUACUCGAACCAAUGAUCACAAUGUGGUGGUUAAGUUUGUACAGAGCCAUAUUUUCAGUCGCUUUGGAUUUCCACGUGCCAUCAUUAGUGAUGGUGGCUCUCAUUUUAAGGACUGGAUUUUUGGGGCUCUACUGCGAAAGUAUUUUAUUACUCAUAAGAUUACCACGUCGUAUCAUCCACAGACCAGUGGUCAAGUAGAGGUGUCCAAUAGGGAGAUCAAGCACAUUCUUGAGAAAACGGUUAGGCCGAAUAGGAAAGAUUGGUCUUUGAGACUCGAUGAUGCAUUGUGGGCCUACCGUACUACUUACAAGACUCCCAUUGGCAUGUCCCCAUACUGA